AACUCUCCGAUAGGAGGUAGCACGCGCGCACCUGUCAAAAAAAGUAAACAAUCGUCUGCAACAAUGGAGCCGACCGCAAAGCAGCGACGUAAGGUGAAUUGGUCCAGGGCGGAACAAGAUAUUUUAAAGGAAAGUUACUUUGAGCUAACCUCAACAUUAGACAAUAAGUUCUGCCCUGGACUAACUCAUGUUGAUAAAGAUCGGGCCUGGAAGGAAAUAGUGGAGCGAGUGAAUGCGCAAGGCGUUUGUGAGAGGACACUUGAUGAGUGCAAGAAAAAAAUCAGUGACAUAAAAACUGAUGUGAAGAGACGAGAAAGGAGGAGGCGUCAGCUUUCAAAUGUGACAGGGGGUGGGCCAGCUCCGAAAUUGGAGGAUUGGGAGGAUAAGAUGAUUAACCUGAUUGGUGACUCAGCGAUUGGAGGCUUUGCUGGUGUUGAUACCUUCUUGAUGAAGAUUGAAUCAACCUACACCAAUGAAACAUCAUCCAUUAAACCUGCAGCCACUGAGCCGUUUGAAGCACUGGCAGCCUCUGAGAAACCAUUGCCGUACAUCAUAUCAGUACCAUCAAUGCCCAUAGGUGCCACUCUUCAAGAAAGUGCACCAAUGGCAGUGACAGAAGACAGCGGUCAAAUAGACAAAGGCAGAGGUGCAGAUAGCAUUGAAAAUCUUCUAGUUCAACAGAAUCAGCUCCUCAGUGAAAUACUCCAACAACAAAAAAUUACUAAUGAGUUAAUGAUAAAUUUCUACACUUUGAAGGCAUAAAUAUAUGACAUGAAUACUUUAU